GGCGCGUCGCAGGCGUCGCGUUUUCAGCGUAUACGUCGUCGUCGUUCUCGACGGCGCCGUUCAAUUUUUCUCGGCGCGCGUUCCGUUUUCCGGUCGCAGGGCCGUUUUACGUACCGCGACACCAACGUCGAUAUUUUUAUCAUCGGCGGCGUGAUUUGUCAUCGUCUCACGACUUUUUUUACGGCGCGCUUAGUCUGACAGCAGAAAUACUCGAUCCGUUGUCACGUCAGCUCCGACGUGCGUUUCGUUCACUGUCAGACAGAAAAAUGGCGACCGCCGUGCCAUCACGAUUCGCCGUCCUCAGCAUCGAGGACGACGAUUACAAGCCGAAGAAGACACAGAAAAGUGCGACAACGAGCAAGACUAACGUAAAGAACAAAGGUGAUAAGCCGAAGCAGCAACAGCAACAGCAGCAAGCGAACAAGAAAAAGCAGAACAAGGGAAAGAAGAAGAAAACAAAUAGUGAUGAUCAACAAUGGGAACAGUGGAAGCAAAAGGAUACAAUGGCUGUGGAGGAAACAUUUGAGCAGGAAUUACAUCAAGCCAUCUUGCUGUCCAAACUGGCGUAUGAAGAACAAUUAGUCUCAACGAAGAUCUUCACAGCUAAGACAGAAAAAGAACAAGAACAAAGUAAGAAAUCAGGUAAAAAAUCGAAGAAAGCAACAAUGUCUUUGGAAGAGUUUAAUAGCAUGGGGACAAAUGUGGCAUCUACAAUUACAUUAACAAAUGAAUCUGCAGACAAUAAAUCUAAAGAAUUAGAUGCAGAAUUCUUCGAGAGAGUGGAGAAGGAAACGAAAGAAGAGAUCACAAAGGGAAAAGAAAAAGAUAUGCUGAAAGCCAGAUUUAAUAAAAUCGACGACGAUAUAACAUCUGCGCAAUUAAGAGUGGAAAUUGAGAAACGCGACGAAAUAAUCGACCAGUUAAGAACGGAAGUGCAUAGGUUGAAAGAAGAGUUAACACAGGUUAAAGAAAGAAAUAAAAAACUUUAUCAAAUAUUAUCACAUGGCGAGAUGAAGGAUAAAGCAUCUGUAUUAGCUGAAGUAGCAAAGUUACAAGAAAUACGAGAUGAACUGACGUCCGAAGUGACUUCUUUGCAUGCCCAAUUGGAGCAAGAAAGAUCUAAAACACGUACAUCCAGUACGGAUGUAAAAACAUCCAAACAAACUAACAAGAAAAGGCCGGCCAGUGAAAAUGCCUAAUUCGCUUUUUGCGAAAAAUUAUACUAUUGUGAUUUAUUAAUUUUAAUUGAUGAUACAUACCGAUUAAGAAAGAAUAUUAUGUUUGCAGAAAGAAAUUUUGAUCUCUUGUAAUAUAUUUUUUACUUGCUUGUUAAAUAUAGAUGUUUAAGGUACACUACAUGACAGGUUUUGUUAGAACUUGAUCAUAAGCAUAUUUUAAAGUUACGAUUGCAGCCUACGCUUGUAGCAACUUCCAUUUCUAUUUUUUGUUCUUCUUCAAAAGACUGUAACAUGUAUUUUCUUACUUUUAAUUCUUUUUUACUAAGUUACAUAUUGUUAAAAGUUCUUCCAAAACGAGCAUUUCAUGUAUCAUCUUCCGAACUGCGUACCAACAUCCGUGUGAAUAUAAAUAUAUUAUUAUAUAUAUAU